GAUUUGUCAAAUAUGUUAAGAUUUUUAGGACUUCUGCUUGCUGCUACUAUUGGCGCUGUGCAACCGAUUACAGUGGAUGAGAAUGGCUACAUCAUGUACUGUCCUUGUAUGGGCCGUUUCGGCAACCAAGCCGAUCAUUUCCUCGGUUCGUUGGGGUUCGCAAAAGCAUUAAACCGUACGCUCGUUCUACCGCCCUGGGUCGAGUACCGUAAGGGCGAAUUACGCUCCGUUCAGGUGCCGUUCGAUACAUACUUCCAGGUGGCACCUCUGCAAGCAUUUCAUCGAGUGAUAACGAUGGAAAACUUUAUGAAAACACUAGCACCAACCCUAUGGCUACCGGAAGAGCGCAUUUCGUUCUGCUACACCGAACGCAUGGGACUGGACGGUAGUACCGGGCACGGAUGUAAUGCAAAAAGUGGCAACCCGUUUGGUCCGUUCUGGGACACGUUCGGGGUAGAAUUUGCAAAAUCAGAAUUUUUCGGCCCGAAACUUAAUUACGAUGUGCACCAUGGCGAUCGGAUGGCACAACAGUGGAACGUGCGCUAUCCGGGCGUUAAAUGGCCCGUGCUGGCGUUUACCGGUGCACCGGCUGUAUUUCCAGUUCAGCAAGCAAAUGUCCUACUGCAUCGCUAUCUCCGGUGGUCGGUAAAGUACGAAGAGGAAGCGAAACAGUUUAUCCGUGAUUCGCUGCCCAAGGGUGCUUUUAUUGGAAUUCACCUGCGGAACGGUAUUGAUUGGGUGCGUGCCUGUGAGCACGUGAGGGAAAGCUCCAAUCUGUUCUCUUCGCCACAAUGUUUGGGCUAUCGGAACGAGUACGGUCAGUUGACGGGAGAGAUAUGUAUGCCAACAAGGGACACUAUUGUACGGCAGCUAAAGCGACGAAUUAAACUGCAACGUGAAACAGCACCAGAUAAUCCGAUCAGGGCCGUUUUCGUUGCCUCCGACAGUAAUCACAUGCUGAGCGAUCUGAAGGAUGCACUGAAGCGUAUGGAGGUGACAGUGGUCCGUCAUCCGGACGGUAAUCCACAUCUGGAUUUGGCCAUUUUGGGCCGCUCGAAUCACUUUAUCGGCAACUGUAUCUCCUCGUACUCGGCGUUUGUGAAGCGAGAGCGUGAUUCGAACGGAUUUCCAUCCUCGUUUUGGGCUUUCCCGCCGGAAAAAGUUGGCCCGAAGGUGAAGAGUGCAAUGGCGCAACAGGAACACGAAGAGUUGUAG